AUGGAACGACUUUCGGACUCGGACUCGGACGACGACGAUAGCUACCAUCCUCUCGGCUCGCUGGUUUUGCGGCCGGCUAUCACUGAACCUGCCAGCCCUGCCAUCUUAUGGUCCGGGACAGAUGGAAACGUUUUGCCAGGUUCCGAAGCCCGCCAAUGCGGCGCUAUCGGGGGCAUCGAAGGCGCCCCUAGCGCACGACCUGCCGUUCGCGCUGCUUCUGAUGAAGUCGUACCUUCUCCACUUGGCGUGACGGGAACGAGCGGCCCUGAUUCUAGCCUGACAGUGGUCAGCCCGUCGGUGACAGCAGCCACUCGCGCUCCAGCCCCUUCCGCAACCUCUUCAAAUGAGGUGUACGAAGGGCGUGGCUGGCUGGUUGGCGCGGCGGGGCGGUUGGCGAACACCGCGGAGCUUCGAAGGGCACACGCGACGGCCACAGACGCCGAGCAGGUCGCAGACGCGGCGAGGCUUGCUGCCGCCCUGCAGCAGCACCGACAGCAACAGCAGAGGUCGGCUCAGCAGCAGCAGCAGCACGGCGAGGAGGCUGCUGUGGAGGCCACAGGCGCUGCUGCCGCUGGCUACACGGUUGCUGCGGGUCUAGCAGCAGGGACAGGAGGAGUCGCUACUGCUCCUGAUGUCGCUGUUGCUGCUGCUGCUGCGACUGCGGCGGCGGCGGCGGAGCAGCAACGGCAGCAGCGACUGCAGCAGGAACGUGAGGAGUUGGAGUUACUAAUCCUGAAGGAUUUCCAGGAAGCCAUCAAGGCUGCGGAGUCGGAGGGCCCCCUGGUGGCUCCCAGCGGCCUCACCCUGGACUCCACGGUGGCAGGUCUGGGACUGGAUGACCUGGACGCCCUUAUCGCUAGACUCACAGCCGGGACGGCAGAUCUGGAGCCGACGGGGCGCCCCGGGCACGUGGCAGCGGCAGGGGCCCUAGGCAGCUUGGCCAGCAGCACCGGCAGCCCAGGCGCUGUUGGUGGCAGUGUGUGGACGAUGGAGCCGUUGCCAGCCGCGGACAGUCUGUGGAGUGAUGAGGAGGAGGACAGGACGGAGGGUGAAGUGCGGCACGGGGCCCGCGAGGUUGUGGUUGACAGCGAGGGCGGGAGCGGGAGGGGCCAGAGGGAGCCUGCAGGGAAGGCGGCUAUGGCUGUGGCUGCGGCAGGCCCUGUGGCUGCUGUGGCUGAAGCAGCUGUGGCUACUUUGCCACCGGUGGCGGUGGUGGUAAGGGAGCAGGGCACGGAGGCGGUUGCUCCUACUGCUGCAGGUCCCCAGGUCCCGGCGCCCGGGGCUGCAGGCAGCACUACGGGGCCGCUGCCGGCCAAGUUCAAGUUCUUUGCGGGGCCCGCAGGUGCGGGUGGUGCCACGGCACCACCGCCGCCGCCAUGGGGUGCUGCCGCCGCUGCCGCUGGCGGCGGCAGCGGGCCGGUCGUCCUGGACUUGCGGCAAUCGAUCGCGGAGAAGGCGCAGCGCAACAGCCGGGAGGCGGAGGCACUGGAGGCGCAGCGCCGGUCGCGGCGCCUCGCAGCGGCGAGCAGCGACAGCAGCAGCGGUGGCGGAGGCGGCGAGUCAACUGAUGAUGGUGAUCGCGUUGAUGGCAAGACGGCGGUCCCGGAGGUCCGUCCCGUCCCGCCAGCACCCUUGCCGGCCGCAUCCACUGCCCCCGAGGCAGCGGCGGCCGCACCGCCGCCGGCUCCCCCGGCCUCCAAAGCUGCGUCGCCGCCGCUAUCACCGCCAUCUCGUGUUGCCGCUGCAGCGGGGGGUUCCGCCGGCGCCGCGGCCGCGGCCGCACCCGAAGCGCUCGCGCGGAUAAACACGGCGCUGGGGAAUCCAGCAGCCACCCGGCCUACACGGGGCGGCAGGACCCUCUCCGACGCCACCGUGGCGACGGUCACGGUGCCAUCCAAGGAAGCAAUCUCCUCGGGCGGUGACGGUGGCGCUACAGCCUCUACGGCGGUGGCCACGGCUCGGUGCAUCAGUGUAGGCAUCGACGCCGCUGACUGCCGCCCUGCCUCGCGUUCAGUGUUCGUGUGUACGACAGAGCGACAGGCGGAAGAGGAGGAGCGUGUCCGGGAUAUUCGGGAGUACCUGAAGGCACGUGCAGCAGCGGCUGCCGAGGCGGCCGAGCGACAGCGGCAGGAGGUAUCGGCAACGGCAGCGCCGAGAGGCGCUGAGGAGAGGCGCUGGCCGGAGCCUCCGGCCGCGGUUGCUGAACGAAUCGCCGUCCUUACGGAGCGCCAGGCAGCGGCGGCGACGGCGGCGGCAGCAGCAUCCGCAUCGACGGCAACGGCUCCCAAAACUGCCCAGCCUCGCGCUGUGGCGACGUAUGCAGGCGGCGAUGGCGAUGGCACCGAGAGCCGGUUAGCUAACGGCGGCGGCCAUGAUGCGGGAAGCGAUCGCGGGCCUGUUGGGGCCUCUCGCGCGCUGCCUGGCCGGACACCGGACGCGACGCCGGCCGCUGCAUCCGUGACUUUCGCGGCGUGCAGUACCGAGGGGGACGAGGACCUCGUGGCCGCUCCGACACCGGCGUCUGUGUCCGACGCGCGCACGGAACGCGGCGCGCGGAUGGCGGCCGCGGGCACUGUAAUUCCUCUUGGGCGCCCAUCGGCGCAUAGCACCUCAUCCGCCCCGGCCUUCGACGCCGAUGCUGCGGCAACUGCAGCCGUUGCUCUGGUGUCCCCUGUCGCGCCAUCCUCCAUCACCGCCACCGUCAGAUCGGCAGCGGUGGCCGCCGCAGGGCCGCCGCUACCGCUACCGGAGAAGUCCCCCGCCGCUGCAGCGGGCAUGCCGGCUGACCUGUACCGUCUGCCUGCUUGGCUGCCUCACGCCAGCUGCUUCACGCUGCUGAUUACCUCGCCCGGCAACCUUUCUAGCAGGGAGGUAGGUGCCGUCCUCGAGUGGCUUCUGCGCGCAGCGGCGGCGGUAGCGGUGACGUCAGCGACAGCUACCGCCGCGCCUGCUUCUAGAGCUGCAACGUGGCAGGAGCUGCCUGCGUUCUCUGUCGUCGGUGUGCGGCUGCUGGCCGUCUCGCCGUCGUGGCCACCACUGCCGCCCGCGCCGAAGGCCGCUGCGCCGGUCGGCAAGGCCAGCAGCGGCAGUGAUGGCGAUGUUGGUAUUGCAGACGUGCGGGUUUUGGCUGUCGCAUGUGUGCCGCGCGCUGGCAUUGACGCUGACGCAUAUAGCCACGAGUUACCUGCCACGGCGGCAGCGGACGCGGCGGCUGCUGCGACCACCGCGCAGCGGCUGGCGGAGGCGUUGGCUGCUGUGCCGUGGAGCGCGAUUCUGCUGGAGAGAGAUGAGAAGUUCGCGGCCGGCGGCGGAGGCGUUGCGAGUCGGGGGUCGGCGAUCCCGGGCGGUCAUGAGGCUUUGCGCGGGUGGCUGGCAACGCAGCCCGGUGCGCAAUUGCUGUUUAGUCCGCUGCGCCUACCACCGCAUGCUUUCAGCCAGCACCAGCACCGAGCAAGCAGCUCAUGUGCCGUAGCUUCACCAGGUGCUACCGCCGGCGGCAAUGCGGCUGCCACCGUUGCUGACGCGCCCGGCAUCACUACCUUUGUGUCCGUGGUGACGGCCGGCACGCUCCGAAACCCGCAUCUGCUACGCCGCCUGCUCGACCGAGCGGCCUGCUUGGGCCUCACAUUGCAAGGCUUGCAGGUGGUGUACUCCACUGAGGAGGCCGCGGCGGCCGUAGUGGCGGCGACGCCGCACCGUCCAUUGGCGUACACCGGCGCUGCCGUACUUGCGUUGUCAGGCCGCAAUGAGCCGCUGCGUCGCUGGCAGGCAACCCUUGGGCCGCCGGAUGCGCGCCUGGCCUGCCGAACGGAUCCAUCCUCACUGCACGCUCUGUACGGCGACGUCGCACGGCACAUCACCUGCUCUUACGACGACGCCACCGCCGCCAGAGAGCUGACAGUGCUGUUUGCUGGGCACUUCGGCGCCGCCGGGCAACCGACGCCGGCAUCACCACCAUCUCCGUCGCCUCGCCAGCAGCAGCAGCACCCUCAAGGCAGGCUCCAGCCAACUUCGACCGCGCCGUCAGUCGCAAACAAGGGCGCCGCUGCUGCCGCCGCGGCUGCGGCUGCGGCGACCUGCGGCCUGGUAGGUGGCAGCCCAGCAGAGGCCCAAUGGCUCGCGCUGCCAGCGGCCGGCGCGGCACAGCAGGCGCGCGCACUCUGGUGCCUCCAACACCUCCUCUGGUGCGGCUACAGCCUUGGCGGCAUGCUGCUGAUGCACCUGCCCAGGGAGCCGUGCUCAGCGCCGGCUCCGCCGGCGCUGAUUUUCGAGGUUAGCAAGGAAGAGGCGACGGAACAGCUGCCGUUGUCGCUGGCCUCCGUGCCAUCGGCGCCGGCGUAUCGGCAAUUUGUGACAGCACCCGCAGGUGCAGCGGCAUUGGCGGAAUCUGAGGCGUCAGCGGUGGUGCGAUCCCUGCUGUCGCCGGAUGCUCUCCGUACCCGCCUGGCCCUAUCGGAUGUUCAGGGCCUGCCUCAGCCCUACGUCGCGGAGCAGCUGCUGGCUGCAGCGGCGGCCAUUGACGCCGGUCUGAGCCCGGCGGACGAUGGUGAAAGCAACAGCGGGGGCGGCGGCGGUGUCGGUGGCGGCGGGGCUGACAGCGCCGCGGGCAUGGCUGCCCUACACCUCCACCAUGGCAAGGACGAAAUCGCAGUGGUCGCGUUGCAGACUCGCCCGCUCCACACCGGUGCCCUUUUGCUGGCAGCGCUAACGGCACACGCCACCGGGUCCGGUGGUGGCAGCGGCAGCCGCGAUUCGGGGUCACCGUCGUCGCCGGACUGCCUUGAGCUCGUCGCCUGCCGCUACUUGCGGCAGGUGCCGUCUGACGUAGCGAACUGUCUUGCCGUGCUGCAUGCGAACCAGGGCAGCGCCGCCGCUGGCGCGACGGCGGCAGCGGGUGGCGCCGGCGGGGUUGGGGUCGCUCGUGUUGGGCACCGCUUAGUAAUUAGCCGGCCGGCGCUGCUGGCUGCUUUCCACGGACCCGCUGCACAAUUGCGUGUUACACGCUGGCUGGCGGCGGCGCUGCAACGAUUCAACGGCGCGCUGGAACUGGCGUCACCGUCAUCGUCAACAGUUCCGUUGUGUUCUGAUGACGCAGCGUGGGACGCCAUGCUCAACCAGCUUCUCCGUGACUAUGCGACGCCGGUGGCUACGGCGGCGGCAGCGACGGCAGUGCAACAGCCGCUGGCGGCGGUCAGCGGCUCGCAGGCUGCAGCCAAGCGCGCCCUGUCGUACGCGUUCGGGCCAGGGCAUGUGUUCCUUGACCCUCGGCAGCAUGAUGGCGUCCACAGGCCCCUGCUGCAUACUGGGAUAGACGUCCCUGGCGUAGCGGCAGCGUCGCCAACGCCGCUGUUCCGGCUGCUUUCGGGGCCAGAGCCCUUGCCUGCGGUCGUCGCGCUGGACUUUGCAGCGCUCCACAGAAACGUGUUGCCUCGCCUCCUGAAGCAGCUGUCCCGGGAGGGCUACGUAAUCCACGCAGCCUCCACGUGUCGGGUGCAGCCGGGCAGCGCCUUCGCCGCCGCCAUGCCGGCUCUCAGCGCCCAGCCCGCGGUUGUACUGCAUGUGAGCCGCAGCAACGCGGUGCGGCACCUGCGCGUCAUGGCAGCUACGCUGGCGGCGCCGCUGGCUGCCGCCACCGUCGCCGCAGGCGGAGGCUGCGGCGGAGGCUUGUACACGUGCGCUACGUGGCGCGACGCGGUGAACGUGGUGGCGGAGUUGUGGCCGCACCCGCCGCAACCCGGUGCUGAUGGACCGAGUCUGGCCGUAACUGUCGGCGCGGGAGGGGGAGCCGGCAUCACAGCUAGUGGUGAUGGUGGUGUGCUCGCGUCCCAUGGCGGCGCGAUGGGUAAGCCAUGCGCAAGGCGGUUUGUACGACCGGAGGGAUCGCGGCUGCUGCAGCUGACAGCGAUGGUGGUAACGCCGGGCGCGCCCCUAGCAUCCCCAGGUGACGGUGUGCCGCCCGCUUUGGACUGGCCGCGCCUUGCGGACACGCUUCAAGCGCUCCACUCGGAGGGCUUCCGUCUGGGAGCCGUACGCGCCACCGCCGCGACACCUCGAGACAUGUCCGAUCUGGGUCGUGCAUACUUCCGGAUCUCCUCCGCGCAGCAGUACGGCAUUCACGCGUCAGCCGCUGCCGCAGCGGCCGCGGCCGCAGCCACCGCUGCAGCCCGUGGCGGGCAACAAUCUCUGAUGGCGCCGCCGCCGCCGCCGCCGCAGCCGCCGCCAUGCAACCUUGUCCUGCUCGCUCUGACUCGCGACAGCGCCGUCACGUCUUUGCAGGUCUUGUUAGACGAGGCUGGGCGGGUGGCGAGUGAGGCGGUGCGGCAAGGUUCUCUGGGCAAGUCUCAGGGCCCUGCCUCAGUGCCGGGGGUGCUGUCAGCCCUUCCUGGCGGGGGACCCGGGCGGAGGGCAGCGGUGGCGGCGCUGGCGGGUGUGGCGCCAUGCGUGAGCGUGGCGCACAGCCCAGCGGCCGCGGAGCAGCAGGUUGUGGCGGUGUUUGAAGACGUUUUUGGCGCAGGUGGCGUGCCGUUGCUGCAGUGA